GAGGCAGGACAGACCUAGCAGCACCCAUCUGAGCAAGAACAGACCCUGUGCUACUGGAAUCAACCAGCAUGUUGCAAGGUCUCCUGACAGUCAGUUUCCUCCUCUCUCCUGUUCUAGUAAGUGCUAUAAAAGAACUCCCUGGCUUGAAGAAGUAUGAAGUGGUUUAUCCUGUAAGACUUCAUCCACUACGUAAAAGAAGAGAGAUCAAAGAGCCAGAGCAACGGGAACAAUUUGAAACUGAAUUAAAGUAUAAAAUGACAGUUAAUGGAAAAAUUGCGGUGCUUUAUUUGAAAAAAAACAAGAAUCUCCUUGCACCAGGCUACACAGAAACCUAUUAUAAUUCCACUGGAAAGGAGAUCACCACAAGCCCACAAAUUAUGGAUGAUUGUUAUUAUCAAGGACAUAUUGUUAAUGAAAAGGUUUCUGAUGCUAGCAUCAGCACAUGUAGGGGUCUAAGGGGCUACUUCAAUCAGGGGAAUCAAACAUAUUUUAUUGAAGCUUUAAGCCCCAUAAAUCGGGAUGAACAGGAGCAUGCACUCUUCAAGUAUGACCCUGAUGAAAAUAAUCUUAACAGCACCUGUGGGAUGGAUGGUGUGCUGUGGACCCAUGAUUUUCAGCAGAACAUUGCCCUACCUGCCACCAGACUAGUAAAAUUGAAUGAUGGGAAGGUUCGUAAACAUGAGAAAUAUAUAGAAUAUUAUCUAGUCCUGGAUAAUGGUGAGUUUAAAAAGUACAAUGAGGAUCAAGAUGAGAUCAGAAAGAGGGUGUUUGAGAUGGCUAAUUAUGUCAACAUGCUUUAUAAAAAGCUCAAUACUCAUGUGGCCUUAGUUGGUAUGGAAAUCUGGACUGACCAGGAUAAGAUAAAGAUAACCUCAAAUGCAAGCUUCACCUUGGAAAAUUUUUCUAAAUGGAGAGGGAGUGUUCUCUCGAGAAGAAAGCAUCAUGAUAUUGCUCAGUUAAUCACAGCCACAGAACUUUCCGGAACGACUGUGGGUCUUGCAUUUAUGUCUACAAUGUGCUCUCCUUAUCAUUCUGUUGGCAUCGUUCAGGACCACAGUGACAAUCUUCUUAGAGUUGCAGGGACAAUGGCCCAUGAAAUGGGCCACAACUUUGGAAUGUUUCAUGACAACUAUUCUUGCAAGUGUCCUUCUGCAAGAUGUGUGAUGGACAAAGCACUGAGCUUCCAUAUACCCACAGACUUCAGCUCCUGCAGCCGUGUCAGCUAUGACAAGUUUUUUCAAGAUAAAUUAUCAAAUUGUCUCUUCAAUGCUCCGUUGCGUACAGAUAUCAUAUCCACCCCGAUCUGUGGGAACCAGUUGCUGGAAAUGGGAGAGGACUGUGAUUGUGGGACUUCCGAGGAAUGUACCAAUAUUUGCUGUGAUGCUAAAACAUGUAAAAUCAAAGCAAGUUUUCAAUGUGCCUUAGGAGAAUGUUGUGAAAAAUGCCAAUUUAAAAAGGCUGGGAUGGUGUGCAGACCAGCAAAAGAUGAGUGCGACCUGCCUGAAAUGUGUGAUGGUAAAUCUGGUAAUUGUCCUGAUGAUAGAUUCCAAGUCAAUGGCUUCCCUUGCCAUCAGGGGAAGGGCUACUGCUUGAUGGGGGCGUGCCCGACACUGCAGGAGCAAUGCGCAGAGCUGUGGGGACCAGGAACUGAGGUUGCAGCUAAGUCAUGUUACAGCAGGAAUGAAGGCGGGUCAAAGUACGGGUACUGUCGCAAAGUGGACGGCACACCCAUUCCUUGCGCAGCAAAUGACGCCAUGUGUGGGAAGUUGUUCUGUCAAGGUGGGUCAGAUAAUGUGCCCUGGAAGGGACGGAUAGUGACUUUCCUGACAUGUAAAACAUUUGAUCCUGAAGACACAAGUCAAGAAAUAGGCAUGGUGGCCAAUGGAACUAAGUGUGGCCAUAACAAGGUUUGCAUUAAUUCAGAAUGUGUGGAUAUCGAGAAAGCCUACAAAUCAACCAACUGCUCAUCUAAGUGCAAAGGACAUGCUGUGUGUGACCAUGAGCUCCAAUGUCAAUGUGAGGAAGGAUGGAGCCCCCCCAACUGUGAUGACUCCUCAGUUGUCUUCCACUUCUCCAUUGUGGUUGGGGUGCUGUUCCCAAUGGCAGUCAUUUGUCUGGUGGUUGCUAUAGUAAUCCGGCACCAGAGCUCCAGAGAAAAGCAGAAGAAAGAUCAGAGGCCACUAUCUACCACUGGGACCAGAUCACACAAACAGAAGAGGAAACCCCAGACGGUAAAGGCUGUCCAACCUCAAGAGAUGAGUCGGAUGAAGGCCCAUGUGUAUGAUCUGCCAUUAGAAGGCAAUGAGCCCCCAGCAUCUUUUCUAAUUACAAAGCCAGAUUUUCCACCACCACCGAUUCCUGCACCUAUAUCAUCAUCUUCUUUCCUUCAUAAAGACACAAAAGCACUUCCCUCUACUGUUUUCAAGGAUAGUCCAAUGUCUACACCAAAGGGCUCAAAUCCAAAAGCAUGAAGUAACAACUAGCAAGAACUCACAGCUAAAUUAUCAACUUGGAAAAGUGGAAAAUCUAAAUGACAGAGACACAUACUUAUUUCGCAUUAGUAUUGCUCUUGACUCAAGGAGGCUAACAUUUUUUGAUUCAUGUUAUACUUUGAAGAGACCGAAGAAAAUUUUCAAGAGCGAAAUAUGCCUGAGAACCUUUGCCUGAAUUUAAAAUUUCAAUUAUCCACACUUAUAAGAAGGAAGAUGAUUGUAAAGAAAUAUCUCUGAAGUUAAAAUCUUUAAUAGGAAUUGAUUCAUUCUCUAAUGAAAACAAAACAAAAUACAUCACACUAAUCUUGGAGGAAUGAGAACAAAAUUCUACAUCAAUUAUUAAAUGAGUAGUAACAUCCCAAUCAUUUUAACCAUUAACUUGUCAAAUUAGAAUCUCAAUUAAGAAAAUGA